CACGUCAUCAUCGUGUUCGUUUCCUCGUCAAAAGGGCAAAAAGAACACGAAGAAGAGGGGCGUCCAAAUCCGCCGCCGAAUUCCCCACCCGUCGCGUCCAAAAUCCAAAUCCGCCGCCGCGAUCGAGGCCGACGAGGAGAGGUUGAGGUUGAGGUGAGAGCCAUGGUGAGCGCCUUCUUCCUGCUGUGCGGGUGCGUGGACCAGGCGAGCGUCGCGGUGGUGGAGAAGUGGGGCCGCUUCCUCCGCCUCGCCGAGCCGGGCCUCCACUUCUUCAACCCGUUCGCCGGCGAGUUCGUCGCCGGGACGCUCUCCACCCGCGUCCAGUCGCUCGACGUCCGCGUCGAGACCAAGACCAAGGAUAAUGUCUUUGUUCAGCUUAUCUGCACAAUCCAAUAUCGGGUUGUUAAGGAACAUGCUGAUGAUGCAUUCUAUGAGUUGCAGAAUCCCCAACAGCAAAUUCAGGCCUACGUCUUUGAUGUGGUCCGAGCUAUAGUUCCGAGAAUGAAUCUUGAUGAUCUUUUUGAGCAAAAGAAUGAUGUGGCGAAAGCUGUACUUCAGGAGCUAGAAAAGGUGAUGGGAGAUUAUGGUUACAGCAUUGAGCACAUUCUCAUGGUUGACAUCAUCCCUGAUGCUGCUGUACGCAGAGCAAUGAAUGAAAUAAAUGCAGCACAAAGGCUUCAGCUUGCAAGUGUCUACAAAGGAGAGGCGGAGAAGAUUCUUCUGGUGAAGAAAGCAGAAGCAGAGGCAGAGGCAAAACACCUUUCCGGUGUCGGCAUUGCUAGACAGCGGCAGGCGAUAACUGAUGGCCUGAGAGAGAACAUCCUGAACUUCUCGCACUCGGUUUCAGGCACCUCAGCAAAAGAAGUCAUGGAUCUCAUCAUGGUCACGCAGUACUUCGACACCAUCAAAGAACUUGGGGAUGGCUCGAAGAACACCACGGUGUUCAUACCUCAUGGCCCAGGCCAUGUCAGGGAUAUCAGCGAGCAAAUCCGGAAUGGUAUGAUGGAAGCGUCCUGCAGCAACGUGUAAAUCGGUAUCGAAUGCGGAACCAAGGUUGGGGGUGGUUCAGAUGGGAGGUCCUGUUUAUAGUGAAUAGUACGAAUGAAUGCUAGUAGCAUGUGUUGUUUGCACGCGCGCCCUGGAGUUGUAUGCAGUGGUAGAUAGAGUUCGAGUUUUGGCAUAAUAAUAUUGUCUGAAUUUUAUGUAAAAGAAAAUCACAUGUCUUCCUUUUGUGAGUUAAAAGUUGCACCGAUUUAUGCAUGGCAAUAUCUCAACUGCAAAAAACUGGUGAGUUACUGAAA